UCCCUAAUCCUAAUCCACACACUUUCUGUCUUUUACCCUGUGAUGCUCUGUUCACUUAGUAAACAGUGAAGUUGUACAUCUGAUGGAGUCUCCCUCAUUCUGUGUCUGUCUACACGCAUCACCUCGCGUUUUCUUAAAAGAAACGACAGCUUUGGUCCAUUUUACUGGUCCAUCUUACUGCUGCUGUGUUUAUAUAUACCAUAAUUAAGUAAUUCCUCGGAGGAGCCGCGCGUUCAGGACGCCAGGUGCAGCGAUUUUACACAAAACGGACCCAAAAUGGCAAAACCACCGUCACAUUUACGGAUUUAUUAUCUCUUUUUAUUGUAUUUGAUUUCAGACCAAGUGUUUGAAAAACUGCAAAUUCUGUCGUCUGUUCCAGGCUCUAAUAUGUGCACCUCUCGGGGAGCUAGCACGUGUCAGCAGUGUUUGGCAGUGCACCAUUCCUGUGCCUGGUGCUUCCAAGAGGAGUUCGGGUUAAAUAGCCCAGGAGCAUCACGCUGUGACUUAAAGGAGAACCUGAUAGAAGCUGGAUGCGCAGCAGAAGAAAUGGAGUAUCCCAUCAGCCAGAUGACUGUUACUGAGGACAAACCUCUUAGUGACAAGGCCUCAGGGUCCACCACUGAUGUCACGCAGAUCCAACCACAGAAACUGCACAUCACGUUAAGACCUGAUGACUCACGGACAUUCGCACUGCAGGUGAGACAGGUCGCAGAUUACCCUGUGGAUCUCUACUACCUAAUGGACUUGUCCUACUCCAUGAAUGAUGACUUGACUCAGCUGAGGAAGCUGGGAAAUGGACUGGCAGAAGAGAUGAGCAAAACCACCAGUAACCUGCGUAUGGGCUUUGGUGCUUUCGUGGAUAAACCUGUAUCACCGUAUAUGUACAUCUCACCACCAGAAGCUGUGAAGAACCCAUGUUACUCGAUCCCACACAAAUGCCAGCCGCAGUUUGGCUACAGACAUGUCCUCUCUCUGACGGAUGAAGUCAGCCGAUUCACAGAGGAAGUAAAGAAACAGAAGGUAUCUCGAAACAGAGACGCCCCUGAAGGAGGCUUUGAUGCCAUCAUCCAGGCAGCUGUAUGCAAGGAGAAGAUCGGCUGGCGUCCGGGUGCUUCCCACCUGCUCGUGUUUACAACAGAUGCCAAGACUCACGUAGCGCUGGAUGGACGCUUGGCUGGCAUCGUGCAGCCUAACGACGGCCAGUGUCACAUCGGCACAGAUAACUUGUACAACAUGUCCACUACGAUGGACUACCCAUCUCUGGCACUGAUCACAGAGAAAAUGUCAGAGAACAAUAUCAAUCUUAUAUUUGCUGUGACCAGACCUGUACUGCCACUUUACAAGAAUUACAGUGAUCUGAUCCCCGGGACCGUAGUCGGGACUCUGUCUCAGGACUCACGCAACGUGAUCCAGUUGAUCCAAGAUGCCUAUGCUAAACUUAGAUCGAAGGUUGAGCUUGAGCUCCUGAACGUGCCGGAAGAAUUGAGCUUGUCCUUCAAUGCGACGUGUUUAAACGACGAGUUCAUCCCUGGACUCAAGUCUUGCUCUGGGCUCAAGAGAGGAGAUCAGGUAUCUUUCAGUGUUGAGGUACGUGCCAGGGGCUGCCCAAAAGAGAAGACCAAAACUUUCACUAUCAAACCCGUAGGCUUCAAAGAUACACUCCAGAUCACCGUUGACUUUGAGUGUGAGUGUAAGUGUCAGGCACAUGGGCAGCCCGACAGCCCUCUGUGUCACCAAGGCAACGGCACCUACGAGUGCGGCAUGUGCCUGUGCCAUGCAGGACGACUGGGUCCGAGGUGUGAGUGUGCCGAGGGAGAUUACAGCCUAAGUGAGCAGGACAUGUGCACCGGCCCUAACAAAGUGAUCUGCAGCGGGCGCGGGGACUGUGUGUGCGGUCAGUGCGUGUGUCACAACAACGACUUUGGAAAGGUCUGGGGGAAAAAGUGCGACUGUGACGACUUCAGCUGCCUGCGUUAUAAAGGAGAGCUGUGCUCAGGUCAUGGCACAUGCUCGUGUGGUUUCUGCCAGUGUUACCCGGACUGGUCAGGGGAAAACUGUAACUGCUCCACACGCACAGAUACCUGCAUGUCCAGCCUGGGGUUGUUGUGUAGCGGCCGUGGUCAAUGUGUGUGUGGAAGCUGUGAGUGUACUCAGCCUGGGGCUUAUGGCUCCACCUGUGACAAGUGUCCCACCUGCCCUGAUGCCUGCACUAUGAAAAAGGAUUGUGUUGAAUGUAAGCAUUUUCAGAGAGGGAGGCUCUUUGAUGAUGAAAGCUGUGCCCGAAUUUGCAGAGACGAGAUUAGUCUGGUCGAAGAUCUGGUUUUGCAUGAUAAGAACGCCGUGAACUGUACCUACAAAGACGAGAACGAUUGUGUCCAGAGGUUUCAGUAUUAUGAGGACAACAGCGGGAAGUCCAUUCUGUCUGUGGUAAAAGAGCCAGACUGCCCUAAAGGCAAUGACAUCCUGGUCGUCCUCCUCUUUGUUGCCGGAGCUAUACUAAUCCUGGGUCUUGUCUCGUUGCUCAUCUGGAAGCUGCUGGUGACGAUUCACGACCGGCGCGAGUUUGCCAAAUUCGAAGAAGAGCGAGCACGAGCUAAGUGGGAAACGGGCCAUAAUCCUCUCUACAAAGGUGCUACUUCGACGUUCAUGAACAUUACCUACCGAGGAAAGGAAUGAUCAUCACUGGAGCUACUGGAGAUCGUCUUGCUUAUUUCGAUUCCUUUGUUAUUUUCUUCCAGAUGCAGGACUGAUGUUGUCAUUUCUCUUGUACAUUGUACUCAUCCUGGAUGUGCAUUUUCUUCUGUGUAAAUAGAACCGAUGUGACUAGAGAUAGCUAAUAAUCAUGACACAUGAAAAGUUUCUUCCUUAUUUCGCUUCCUGAUGAGUUGAACGAAAUUAGGGUUUAGUUCUGUGCUGUGUUUUAAGAUGUGAUAUUGACCUGUUAAAGAUUUUCUCUGCUUUGUGCUUGUGUGAAGGAUUCCAUCGCUUAAAAUGUCAAGCUUUUUAGGCUUGUUAAAUGUUAUGUAAAUAAAUAAAGGUUAAAUAUGGAAUAAAAAUGCGUUGAUUAAUGAUGACGGGUGGAUUAUUUGCAAAGUGUUUUUAGACCUCUUAAACUACAGCCAUGUUUACAUUAAACAGGAUUAAAUAGCAUCCGAUGUCAUACUUUUUUGCUUUACAGCAGCUACAAAUAGCUGAUUUCUCCUUAACCUCAUUUUGUAGCCUCAUUCUGCAAAGUCCUCUGUCUUACAGACCUUUUCCCUUGCUGGAUAAAUUUAGUCACAUCUUAAUGCUUGAUACAGAGCACUGACACUGGAGACUCCUUCCAUAAAUAAGAAUCUCAAUACCUUUGUUCUUCUUUGUUAAAUAAUAUCAUGUUUUUGUUUUUUUUUGUAUUACAUCCAUUUAUUAUUAUGCUUUUUAUGUGGAGAUUAUGUGAAGCAUCCUGCAUACAAGUCCAUGUAAACGUGCUGUUGUCACUUUAGAAACAGUAAAAUAUAAGAAUUAGAGGCAGAACUUCGCAUGUGAAGCUUCAUGGAUUAUUAAAUACGACGUGGUCAUCGAAAAAAAAACUUUUCUGUUUACAGAUUUUAUGUUAAAAUAUUGUAUUAAAAUAAAAUGAUGCAGCCUC